UACUCUUCUAGGAAGUUUCGAGAACGGGUACGGCCACUAAUAUUGGUGAGAAUUCUAUGCAUUUAUAACAGUUCGUCAAAUACUAGUACGUGGAGCAAGACGAGCGUUUACGGCACGCGAAUAUUUCCCACGAGCGGUUUUCUUUCUGCUGAUACAGCAGGGGUAGUACUAACGUAACAAUAGCAAAUCAGUUUGAGCAGUGAAAAAUAAGUUAUAUUGAAAAUGGUGAAGGAAACAACAUAUUAUGAUGUGUUGGGUGUGAAACCUGGGUGUACGCAAGAAGAUUUAAAAAAGGCUUAUAGGAAACUUGCUCUGAAGUUUCAUCCUGAUAAGAAUCCUAAUGAAGGAGAAAGAUUUAAACAAAUCUCACAAGCAUAUGAAGUAUUAUCGAAUCCUGAAAAGAAGAGAAUUUAUGAUCAGGGUGGAGAACAAGCUUUGAAAGAAGGUGGCGGCGGAAGCGGCGUAUUCUCUUCGCCCAUGGAUAUCUUUGACAUGUUCUUUGGACCAGGUUUUGGUGAAAGAGGCAGAAGGAGGGAACGCAAAGGUCAAGAUGUUAUACAUCAGUUGUCUGUUUCGCUAGAGGAACUAUAUAAGGGCACUCUUCGCAAAUUAGCUUUGCAGAAGAAUGUUAUUUGUGAUAAAUGCGAAGGUAUCGGUGGUAAGAAAGGCUCUGUGGAACAAUGUUCAACAUGUCACGGAUCUGGUAUGCAAGUUCAAAUUCAGCAACUAGGACCAGGAAUGUUGCAACAUCUGCAGACUAUGUGCGGAGACUGCAAAGGUCAAGGAGAACGUAUAAAUCCACGUGACCGUUGUAAACAAUGUGGUGGCAGGAAGACUAUUAGAGAUAGAAAAAUUUUGGAAGUACACGUUGAUCCAGGCAUGGUAGAUGGACAGAAGAUUGUUUUUAGCGGAGAAGGCGAUCAAGAGCCUGACUAUGAGGCGGGAGAUAUUGUUAUUCUUCUAGAAGAGAAGGAGCACGAUGUUUUCAAGCGUACGCGCAACGAUUUGAUCAUGAGAAUGCAACUAGAACUCGUAGAAGCCCUAUGCGGAUUCCAAAAGGUUAUUCGUACUUUAGAUGGAAGGGAUUUAGUAAUAACUUCACUUCCUGGAACCGUUACAAAACACGGAGACUUCAAAUGUAUUUUGAACGAAGGAAUGCCGAUGUACAAAGAUCCUUUUACGCAUGGCAGGCUUAUAAUUCAAUUUGUAGUAAAUUUCCCGAAAACUAUUGACCCCUCUGUUAUUCCAAUGCUUGAACAAUGUCUACCUCCAAGGGAAGAGGUUAUGAUUCCAGAGAGUGCAGAGGAAUGUAUACUUACGGAUUUAGAUCCAGAACAGGAAGCAAGGCGAAGAGAUCAACGACAGGCGUACGAAGAAGACGAAGGAGGUCCCUCGCGAGUCCAAUGUGCCACACAUUAAUUUGAUUACAUCAAUGUCAAUAAAUAUGGUCAUUCUUUCAUUUUAAACUUUUGUCCCAUUCGCUCGAUUCUGAAUCGUAUCGUAUGUAUUAACAGAAGGAAAGAAUGCGGACAUAUAGAAAAGUUCUU